AUGGGGAAGUUGAGUGCAUUUGCUGUUGUUUGCCUUCUCUUCGCCUUCAGCUUCGCAGCAGAGGAAAUAGAUGAUGAAGAAAACAGCAUUGAGGACUUGCCCCCUGUUGAGGACACAACUGACCAUGAAAACAGCACGGCUCUGACCUCUGCCGGAAAGAUUAUCCAGAAAAGGGCAACACGCUGUCCAUCAGGCUGGCUUCAAUAUGGACGUCGCUGUUACCUUUUCAGAACAUCACCCACAUAUUGGUAUCAUGCUGAGAGGUAUUGCAUUAGAUACGGAGGGAACCUCGUCUCUAUACACAAUUACCGGGAGCGUAAUUUUGUGGUGAAACUUCUGGAUCAAAAGAAAGCACACGUCUGUGGUGCCUGGAUUGGGGCGUACGAUGCUGUUCAGGAGGGUUAUUGGUUCUGGAGCGACGGGUCCAGGUGGAACUAUAACGGGUGGCAGAGAGGCGGUAUUGACAACCGUGGACAAAGGGAGCAUUGCGCUGUGGCCGACUCUCGAGGUAUCAGCAUCCUCUCCCAUGACACAAAGUUCACACUCUUAGUAUGA